AUACGACCUCGUUACUGUGCGAGGUUAUAUAAAAUAAAAAAUAGGUCGAAUGCGGCGUCUUUUUCCUCGCGUUUGCCUCUGCAACAUGGUAGCCAUCGGCUAUAAGGCGCCCUGUUUAGAAAAAAGAUAAAAGAACCCAGCAGCACCGGCUGAGUCCUGCGCGCGAGUCGCCAAUUAAUCUUUUGGACAUCUGAAUUCCGCCGCACCCAUCGCCUCGCAGUCGCCGAAUUUGGGUCCUCAUCUCCACUCGGUUUAAUUCCUUACCAGUACGGUAUAAUCAAAGAUGCCCCGUAAACCGAUGAGACAUCGCCGAUUGAUGAAAUAUCAACCUCUGACUUUUUCCCCAUUUGCUCGUCAAGUCGCUCGAGUUGCCUCCAGCUGCAUGUCGAACCGCCAAAUGCAUGGCCCAGACCUCCCGAAAAAAUCUCAACCUAACUCCGUAGGUAAUGGAUCGAGAAAGAACACUUUGAAAGUCAAGAAUGAACACUCCGAGUCUUCUGAUGAAGAAGAGUUUGAUGGAACUGUGCAAGCAGAUUUUGCUUUCUUUGAUCCAAAACCUGAUGACUUUCAUGGAGUGAAGACCUUGCUACAGACCUACCUUGAUGAUAUAGAAUGGGAUUUGAGUGGUUUUGUAGACUUAAUUUUGGAACAGACCACUGUAGGAACUGUUGUUAAAAUAGAGGAUGAUGAAGACAAUGGAAUUUUUGCUCUUGCUACUGCCCUUAACUUGGGCAGAUAUAAGGACCACAAAUGUUUUAUGGACGUUAAGGAGUUUCUCCUUAAGGUAUCUCAAGCGAAGGAUGUAAUAGAUGACCUGCGAUCACUUUUGGGAAAGGAAGCAGAGAGUGUCGGUCUCUUGGUCUCUCAACGGGUGAUGAAUUUACCUCCACAGCUCUUGCCACCUCUUUAUGAUGCGCUCUUUGAUGAAGUCUCUUGGGCUACGGAAGAUGAGCCAACAGAGGAGCUCCGCAAUUUCUUUCGUUUUAAGUUUUAUAUAAUAGUCAGUAAAGUUUACAAGCACAAAAAUGCACACCAGAAAAAGGGCAUGAGUGCUAGUGACGAGGAAAUAAUAUAUAUAAAGCCAGAAGAUGAAAUUUUUCACGAGCUAAGCUCCUGGUCGUUUGAAUUUUCUUUGCACACUCAGCAGCUUGCAACUCGUGAGCUGAGAGACUAUCGGCAAAUGGGGUUAGUCAUGGCGGUUAAAGCAGACAAGAUCCCUGCAUUUCGACAGCAGUUAAAAUCUUUCAUAGAGGGAUCGUGAUGCUAAUAGAAAGGUUUAGCAAAUUCUUUACUCAAGUACCUUAAUUACUAUCUUUAAACUUGUCUGCAACAGAUGUCGUAGUCACCAAUUCAUCGGUAGCUGUCCGCAAGGUGUUGCAGGUGGCAAAUUUUGAUUUAUAUUCGAAGGCAUUAGGACAUUCACAUGGUGAAGGUUUUGGAAGCGCUCGUUGGUCCCAAAUGGUCUCUCAAAAGAUUCAUCGAAAAAGCAGAGCAAGGUACAGAAAUAUUGUAUUGAGAAACGUGUCAUGGACCAUCAUAAGCUAUUAUCUCCCAGAUUCUAUAUGAACCAGAAAGGAAAAUAGAGAAAGUUUGAAACCAUCCAAAAGAAGUGGAACUUUACGUAUGAGGCCAAAGAAGAGUACCAUUAUCUUAUAAUAUUUGUGAUUUUAAAUUUUGUGUGGCGAUAAGAACAAUAUACAUGGAAUAUUUGCUUCAACUUGUUUGCACACAGAUAAGGAUUUCAAUCGUAUCUAAAUGUGGAAGUUGGCAAAGAAAACGGCAGUGGAUUUGUGUUAGUGACGAUGUCAAUUUUGAUCAUGAAUGAGAGUAAUCUUUCAUGAGUAUAAUUAAUAAUACCAUUAGCUGGUAAUCAUAUUUAUAAUAAUGAA